CGAGUGGAGCCCACAGUGACCAUCUCCACAGCCAAGACAGAGGCCCUGAACCACCACAACAUGCUGGUCUGCUCGGUGACGGAUUUCUAUCCAGCCCACAUCAAAGUCCGCUGGUUCCGGAACAACCAGGAGGAGACAGCUGGCAUCGUGUCCACCCCCCUGAUUAGGAAUGGGGACUGGACCUACCAGAUCCUGGUGAUGUUGGAAAUGACCCCCCAGCGAGGAGACAUCUACACCUGCCGCGUGGAGCACCCCAGCCUCCAGAGCCCCCUCACAGUGGAGUGGCGGGCACAGUCUGGAUCCGCCCAGAGCAAGAUGCUGAGCGGCGUCGGGGGCUUCGUGCUGGGGCUGAUCUUCCUGGGCCUGGGCCUUGUCAUCCGUCACAGGAAACAGAAGGGGCUCCUGCGCUGACUCCUGAUCGUACUUUGACUGGGAUCAGCUGUGUUUCCUCUGAAAUGCCUGCUUGUUGUCCUUGCGCAGACUUCCCAGCUGCCUGUGAGCCUGCUCCCUCUGAGACCAGAGUCCUAGUUACUCUGAGGCAGUC